CCGUACGGCUCGGAUAGCUCUCUGACGGACGAGGAGGAUUCCUCGGUCGUCCAAGUAUCCCUGCCUUCAGACGGGAGCCAUGAAAACCAGGACUAUGAUGAGUGGGCACAUCUGUCAUAUCCAGAUGAAUUGAAACCGUCUGAUUCAGCCUCUCGACCAAGGACAUCGCACCGUACCCGCUCGCUCCACGGUUCGCGCUCGGCUUCGGGCCGCCGCCAACCAUCGCGCCGCCAGAUGAUCGAACGCGAGUCCAUGGGCCCUCGAGCCCGGCAACGACACCGUUCCCCAGAAUCGCCCGGCAGCGUCGGGUCAGAAGAUUAUCCAGAAAACUAUGCGCGAAACACUCAUGAUCGACGGUGGCCUCCCCCUCCCGCCCCGCCUGCCGGCUACGCCCAGAGCGCUUCCUCUGGUCCAUCCUUUAACGCCUACCCUCCGGCAACUGGACAUGCUCCCUACCCACAUGCCAACGGCCCUCUGCCGAGCGAUCAACUUAUUCGCUUCGGUCAUGCCAACCCGGCCGGCCAGCCAUAUGGCCCUGGUCAUGGCCCCUAUCCCUAUGGCGCUCAGCUACCAUCAUCCGGCGCUCCUAUGUACCCUCCAUACUAUGCGCAAGACCAAGCACACCGACAUCCUCGUCCGCCGCCCCAGCCACGAAUCGACCCGCACAACCCCUCUCAACCCCCUAUGCAUCCCAUGGGCGGUCAUGGCCCUUCGCCCUAUGCGGCUUCUCCUUUCCAUCACGAGAUGAUUCCCUAUGCCCCCAAUGGCUAUUAUAACUAUCGCGAUCCCUAUUCCCUCGUUCAGGGCAUGAUGCCACAGUCCUAUUUUCCUUCAUAUCCUCAAGUGCCUUCUCCGCCUCAGCAAGAGGCGGCCUCCCCACCAGCCCCGACCCCAGCUUCAGCUCCCGCUCCUCCACCCGCAGACGCUGCGAAGGAUGAAGCGAUCGCACGUCUGGAGAAACUGAUCUUGGACGAUCGCACGGAACGCGAGAACAAAGAAGCAGCCCGUGUGGCAGCGAUCGAGCGUGAGGCCGCCGAGGCUGCGGCUAAAGCGCAGCAGCUUGCACAUGACCGCAAGAUCACCGAGGAGGCUGCUAUGCUCGCUCGCGCAGAUGCCGAGAAAAGGGCAGCCGAGGACGCAGCUAAGGCGAAAGAAGAAGCAGAGAAAGCUGCUGCUGCUGCCGCCUCAGAAGCCGCCGCUGCAGCAACGGCUGCGGCAGCGGAAGCGGCCGCAACAGCAUCAGCGACAGCCGCUGCUGCUGCUGCAGAUGCUUCGAGCAAACCUGCCCCAGAGAAGAAAAAGCCAAUCAAGUUUAAAGAUGCCGUUGGCCGGAAGUUCAGCUUUCCCUUUGAGCUGUGCAGCACAUGGCAGGGAAUGGAAGACCUAAUUAAACAAGCCUUUCUUCACAUCGAGGUCAUUGGACCUCACGUCGCGGAGGGACACUACGAUCUUGUCGGGCCCAACGGCGAUAUCAUUCUACCUCAGGUUUGGGAGACGGUAGUCGAGCCCGACUGGACAAUCACCAUGCAUAUGUGGCCGAUUCCAGAGAAGCCAAAGGAGCCUGAUCCCGCUCCAGCGGCUGACCCUCUGCCUGCCGCGAAGUCGGAUGCUCCUCCAGCCGCACCGGAAAAGAAGAAAGAAGGCAGCAAAAAACCCAAAGCGAAAGGUCCCACUCCCAUGACUGGAGGCUUUGCCAAUUGGAUGAUGGGUGGUCGCAACCCGCAGAGGGUCAGCAAGACCCCCAAGGCUGAGAAAAAGGCCGAACCAGCCGCCUAA